GAACUAUGCAUUCCACCCAGCACCGUUAUAUUUGAGGGCCUGGACGACGGACCGUGGGAAACUGGCUUUCAAAAAUCAUCACACACAGAGAGAGCAGUUGGAUGCCUCCCAGCACGCCUGCAUCGAUCCGACCGGAAGACGCGGAAACAGCCCGUAAUGAGCAUGAGUCAAUAGGCAGAGGGGAAAGGCCGGGCUCUGUAUAUCAUGCCGAUAGGAACUCGAUGGCCACCACGGGAAGGCAUGCGGGUGCAGGAGGCGGCACGAUGGCCGAACAGGAGCAUACUCACGUUUCGACGAGCCAGCGGAUGAUAUCUGCGACGUGGGGUAGUGUUCUUACUUCUUUGCUAGUCACUCCUCUCGAUGUUGUGCGAGUUCGUCUGCAGUCUCAGAGCCCCAUUGCAAGGUUGCCAGUGAUAACUCCACCUUCCGUACUGUUUAAAGAACUGCCGCCUAAUCUUGGAGUCACGUCUUGUUGCCGCGAAGUCUUUUGGGUCGGGAACAAUGGACAGUUUUGCAUGGUUGGGAACCAGGUUCCGGACAUCGGAAAACCGUCAGGUGGCGCGAUGGCGGCAGAUUGCGCUGUGGAGGAAACGCAGCGGAAGACGUUUACGUCGACGCUCGAUGGACUACGCAAAAUCGCCCGCAACGAAGGCCCGCUAACUUUAUGGAGGGGCUUAAGUCCGACAUUGCUCAUGGCCAUUCCGGCGAACGUGAUCUAUUUCACCGGUUAUGACUGGCUGCGUUAUGACAAGAGGAGCCCUAUCGCUCGAUACGUGGAUGAGCACUCUGCAGCCUUUGUGGCAGGCGCAGCGGCCAGAAUCGCCGCGGCGGCGGCGAUUAGUCCUAUUGAAAUGUUCAGGACACGGUUACAGGCGACAUCGGGAACGGGGACGGAUCAUUUCAGGGCCACUUUAAGGGGUCUACAUCAAGUGACGCAGAGGUACGGGUACAGUGCACUCUGGCGAGGAUUGACUCUUACGAUGUGGCGCGAUGUCCCAUUUUCGGGACUAUACUGGUGGGGAUACGAAGCUGCAAAAAGGUCGCUCGCCAGCAUGCGAUCCAGGACGUUUCCUCAUGCGGCUGCUCACGAGCACCAGAGCAAUGCUGUUGUCUUUGUGGAAAGCUUUACGGGCGGUGCUAUAUCCGGUGCGGUAUCGGCACUGAUUACAACACCGUUUGAUGUCGGCAAAACUCGCCAGCAGGUUUUUCGACACGACGCGCUGUUUAACUCGUCCCCGUCCCCGUCCCCGUCCCCGUCCCCCGGCCCAACCACGAGCGGUUCCUUUACAUCCUCUUCAUUUGCGAAACCGAAUUUGUCGACAUCGGUGUCAUCCGCGGUGCUCCCCGAACAAUUGUCCAUCCCGAGAUUCCUGCUCCACAUCUUUCGAGAAGAAGGAGUAGGUGGCCUCUUUAAAGGAUGGGCGGCGAGAUGCAUGAAGGUAGCACCGGCGUGUGCCAUUAUGAUUUCGAGCUAUGAGCUUGGAAAGCAGAUGGCCGGCCACGUCAACGAGCGGCGAUAUCAUCUAGCAGAACACGAUCAUCAUGCGGACCACAAGCCGCAGGGCGAUGAGGUCUGAAGAUAUAUCUCCUAAGACAUGACUUCCUAGUGUUUUUACAUAUAAUCACCCGGGUUAAAAAGACGAGAUAUUGGGAGGGAUGGGUGAAAAUAGAAACGAAUGAUACCCCCCACCUUUUGGCGAUGUUGGAAAAUUGGACGUCUCCUCACUUUUUUACACGACGACCACUCUGACGUCCCAUAGUCUAAAAUCCGAAAGACAUUGUUGC